UAAAUGAAUUUGCGAUGAGAAAUUUUAAUAAAUUUUAAUUUUUUAGUAAUUUCUAACAUAUAAAAUAUGAAAAAGGGUAGGAAUUAUAAAUUCUCAAUCAUAAAUUCUCCGGAUGUGUUUGAGGAUGAUCCACUUAUUCCUGAUAUUAAAUCACAAUCUUUAAGUCCUAAGCCUUUUAGCAAAAAAGUGGAAAAAAUUAAACUCGAAAAACAUGAUACUCACAAGCAAGUUGAUAAUCAGCAUAAUAUUCCAAAAAAUAAUCUUAGACAUAAAUAUAAAUUUCGUGAUGUUAUAUUUCUUACUGAUGAUGGAAAGAAAGAAAGUAAUUCUAAAUCAAACUCAUUAAAGAAACUAAAAAACAAAACAAAAUCAAUAUACCGAAAUUCUUCAUUAUCACCUAUAUUAAAUCAAAAGAAUAGACCAGUAAGGUUUGACCUAUCACCAAAAAUUACAAAUUCAAUUGGUACUAAAAUCAAUAAAAGAAGUAAAAGCACUAGUCUAACACUUAUUAAUGAUAAAUUUCAACCUGCAAAUGGUUCUAUCAAAAUUAGCAAUGUAUCAAUUGAUUAUAUAUUUUCUAGAAAUAUAUGUGAAAUAUAUAAUGAUACAAAAGAAGCAAAAAAGGACCAAACAUUAAUUUGUAGUAAUAUUCAAGAUGUAGAAAAAUUGGGAAAUAAAGUAUCAGAAUUAAAAGAUUCUUGUGAAGAGUUAGAGGAAAAAGCUGUAGCAUAUUCACCAGAUGGAAGAUUUCUUAAAUUUGAUGAAGAAGUUGGCAGAGGAUCUUUUAAAACAGUUUAUAGAGGCCUAGACACUGAAAAUGGGGUUUAUGUAGCAUGGUGUGAGUUACAAGAAAAGAAGUUAUCCAAAGCGGAGAGGCAGCGAUUCAGGGAGGAAGCGGAAAUGCUCAAAAAUUUGCAACAUCCUAACAUUGUCAGGUUUUACGAUUAUUGGGAAGUCCUCAUGCCCAAGCGCAAAUUCAUUGUAUUGGUUACCGAAUUAAUGACUUCAGGCACCCUAAAAACUUACAUCAAGCGCUUUAAGAAACUCAACAUAAAAGUCCUAAAGAAUUGGUGCCGACAGAUUCUGAAAGGGUUGAAUUUUUUGCACACGCGGGAUCCGCCCAUAAUUCACAGGGAUCUUAAAUGCGACAAUAUAUUCAUAACCGGCAACACUGGCUCUGUCAAGAUUGGAGACCUAGGUCUGGCUACCCUCAAAAAAUCAUCCUUCGCUAAAAGCGUGAUAGGCACUCCUGAAUUUAUGGCUCCCGAGAUGUACGAAGAACACUAUGACGAAAGCGUAGACAUAUAUGCUUUCGGUAUGUGCGUGCUGGAGAUGGCCACUGGCGAAUAUCCUUAUUCAGAAUGCCAUAACGCAGCACAGAUUUACAAGAGAGUAACCACAGGGGUUAAACCCGUGGCUUUGGAGAAAGUCGAGCUUCCGGCCCUACGUGAAAUAAUCCAAGGUUGUAUAGAUGUUAAAUGUGAUAAGCGUUUCACUGCUAAAAGCUUGUUGAACCACGAACUUUUUAUGGAGGAUUACGGAUUCAAGGUCGAACUGGUAGCCCCAGAGGAAUGUAGAAACGAAACGCCAAAUUGUAUACAACUACGCCUGUUUGUUCUUAACCCUGCUAAGCGAAAGGAUAAAUGCAAAACCAACGAGGCGGUGCAGUUUGAUUUUGAUAUCAAUCUUGAUAAUCCAAUGGAAGUGGCCCAGGAGAUGGCCAAUUCCGGUUUUUUCCAAGAAGAUGUGGAAAACAUUCGUUGUGUAGCAAAGCUCAUUCGAGAACGAGUGGCGAUUGUCAGCAAAGCGUUGGAAAAGGAAAAACAAGCUCUGACCAAGCACGAAUCUCUGCAAUUAAGUAACAACGCUACACCCUCGUUAGUGGUUAGGAGCAACUCUUUGUCUCAGACAACACACACUUCCGCUCAGCUGUUAAAUCCAACUUCCGAAAGUUUUUCGAUUGAGUGUUUGGAUAAUAAUGGGGGAACGAUUGUAGAGGAAACAAUUAUGGAUAGUUGCGAAAUGAGAUUAUCAAAUAAACCAUCCGAAGAUGCUCCUUCGAGGGAAACGUCCCUGACUUCGACAAAUACGAUUAACGAGAAAGAAAAUUUUGUCGCUAUUAAUGCUUCUCAAAGAGAAAAGGAUAGCAAAGACGCCAUCACUUCUGACAUGAAUACGAAUAGCGAGAACAUUCAAAACGAAUCCACCAAUAAUAGCAGCUUAUCAGCUUGUUCCUUGACAAAUCCGAUGAAUAGUAUUGUAAACGGGCCAUUAACAUCACAUUCCAAUUUUAUUCCAUUGCCAGUGGUGCCUUCCUCUUUGUUUUCGUCUAUUUCCUGCCUCCUUAACCCGAUUAUAGAAGAAUCUCCCGAAAGUCCAAUAUUCGAACCUGUAGUAUCAAUGCUGCCCAGUGAUCAAGAUAUUGAAAAAAUGAUGAGUAGUAGCGUCGAAUCACAGCAACCAAUAUCCGAUUCGGAAACCGUUCAACACGACAUGAUUAUUUCCGGUUCUGAGAGUGAAUCCCUUCGUAACGAAGAUCUAUCUUCUUCAUCCACAAACCUAUAUUUAUCUGCUAAGUCUCAGUUAUCCACAACACUUUCUUCCACCACCUGUACCUCCACUAACACUAUUAUUACAAAUAUCAACACUGAACCUUUGACAAGCAGGGCUAAAAAGAAAAGCAUUGGAAUUGAAUAUUCCUGUCCCACUUCUCUUUCCUCCUCUUCGAUUUGCUCGUCACUUCCCAAAUUAGCUGUCAUAAGUAUGGACCAAGAAAACGGCUUGGUGGAGCUAGUUUUGGAAUGUGUUAUAGACACGGGGAAGCAAAUAACUACCACUUUUAAGUUCACGCCCGAGGCAACGGAUCCCAACGAUAUAGCCAAUAAUUUGAUUCAACAAAACCUCCUUUCAUGUACCCAGAGUGAAGCCUUCACGCAAAGACUUAUUCACCUCAUCAGUUCGGUCAAAGAUGUUCACAAAAACAUGUCUUCUUCAACUAUCGCAACUACGAUUCUCCCUCCUGGAAAUUUGCCCUUCGUAUUUUCCUCAUCCACGCCCAUUCCUUUGGCCUCAGCCAAUCACUCCGAAACCGAGCAAGAGAACAGACAGGCAAUGAACGGAGAAAUCAAUAAUUUGAAGAGGCGAGGCUCAGCCCCACACGCUAAUGGUAAUAGUAGUCAUAGUAAUUUGUAUUUGGAAAGAGACGUCAUGCUCACAAACAUAGCCAUUCAAAAGCUGCAACAGAAGUUACAGGAAAUCCAGUGCCAAAUUUUUAGACAACAAAGUCAAGAUCAGGUUCAACAACCCAACUCUACUGGUUCUAUUUAUCAGAACGGAAACGAAAACACUUUAAACUUUGAUAGUGGUCAGCACCCUGUGAAGAUUGAGAAUCGAGAUGUUGGUUACAAUGCCAAAAAGGAGAUGCAAGAUAUAAACUUAUCGAACCGAUUUUGGGAAACGCUUUUGCUCAACCAAGACCAAAUGCUCAAUAAUCCUUACAUUACUCUGCCAACGCCACCCAAUAAUUACAACCACUACCACCCUUCUUUGAUGGGGCACGCCCCUCAGCCCUUUAUUAAUAACCAACAAAAUUUUUACGAUCAAAAACAAAAUACGCCACUGAAUUGUUUCGAACCUGCUAUAUCCCACAGGAACUCUUUUUCCGGCUACCACACUUAUUAUCCCUAUUCUACCGAUUACUUUUAUCAGUAUCACUUGUGGAAUCAAAUAAAUCAGCAACAUACAAUGCUACCUCCAUUUCCUCAUCCACAUGCCCUUCCCCACAAUCACCCGUUAGCCAACUUUUACAGUCACCCACAUAGGUUUAUGCCUUACGGGCCACCCUUUCAAAACAAUAUCAUGCAAAAUCAUAAUCACAUUCAGCAAACUCCCAUGUAUAGUGGCACCAGGUCCCUCAACUUGCCUUACUCUUCUAAUUCCUCUUCUUCCAACGUUUCUAACCCGACAUUUAUACCUCCCUUUUCUUCCGUAAUGGAAAACAUGAUUAACAACUCCUACUCGAAACCUAUAUCGUUAACAACUCAUAAUAUGCCCGAAAUCAAUGAAAAGCGUCCGCUGCAGCCACAACAAAUAUCCUCCAACUAUCUAAAAACAACGACUCCCAUCGAUAUGAAAACGACAUUAAAUAGAGAAGCAAAUAUGACUAACGAUUUUAUAGGAUCUUCAACGGCUCUCAGCAUCGAAAAUAUUAAUGUUAGUUUCAAUCCAAAUACUAUUACAACGGUCAAGAAAAUUGACUCUCAUCAAUCAUCUAUCUUUCAAAUCACUGGUAACAAUAUAAUUAGUAAUAAAUCCUCUACGGUUUCAACCCUCUCGGCCAGUAUAAACAGUCUCAUCAACACUACUGCUAAAAAAACAUUGUCACAUCACACAGGUAGCAAUUUAGUUCCAAAUAACACCGCCUUAGGAGGCUCUAAUUACCACAACAACAAUAAAUCGACUCCUCUCUUAGAUCUUGAAUCCCUAAAUCACAAACUACACAAAGUUUUUGCAAAUAAUACUAACACUAGUGGCGGAAACUCAAAUACUGCUAAUGGUUGCGGAAAUAAUAUUAGCAACAAUGUUCUAAACCCUUCAUCGAUCAACAUUAACAGCUUCAAAAAAGCUUCAUUGCCAACUCUUAGCAUUGGAUUGGUAUCACAGAAUGUGAUAAACUCAGUACUUCUUCACAAUCAGACAAACUCCGUUGAAGGUUCUAACGAUUCGUUGAAGAGAUGUGAAUCGCUUACUGGAAAGGAGAUUAUAGCUCGAUUUGAAGAGACUGGUAAAAGUAUUACUUGUGACAAGGUAGUGGACCCCAAUAAUGUCAAACCAUCAAUCGUCACAGAACCUGUGGAUAAUGGACCGAAGGAAGCUGAAAAUCCCAAUUAUGUAAACACUGCUGAAACCAAUUUUGAACGGCUUAUAGAUAAAACGGGAUCGCCCAUUAAAAAAUCGAAUAGUGGGGCCUCCGAUGAAAAUAUAGAUGUUCGUAUUAACAAUUCAAAGUAUACUACUACCAAAAAAGGGCGUUUCUCAAUUAGCAAUACUGAAGGAAAGAUUUUUCUUAACGGCUGUAUAGGAGUAACUAAUCAAAAUACUAUUGAAGACUAUAAUUCUUCUCAGAUAAAAUACCCUGAACCCGUGUACUUUAAGCCUCUGAGUACAGAACCUUCUAUGCCUAUUUACACUUCAAGCUAUCAGCCAUCAUACCAUUUUUAUCAGUAUAUGGAACAUGAACAUUUAGAUAAAAAGGACGAGAAAGAGGAAUCAUCCCUCUUUUCUGUCCAUUCAAGUCCUUUCACUAUUUCUCGUAGUUCUAGCACAGAAAGCUUACUUGGUGGUCUUGAUCUCCUGGAAGUCGAGGACCAAGGCAGCGUCCAAGAAGGCCAUGUCAACGCCAAUCACGACCGCAAUUUGGAUAUUUUCUUUGCUCCACUCAAAAAUGAUUACAACAUAGAUUUUCCGGACGCUCGUAGUUGCUACCAAGCAACAGAAGCCAGACAGCAUAAACGCAAACCAACUUCUCGCCAUCACCACCACAGUCACUAUAGAGGAGGUAGCCUUUCUUCUACUCAUUCACACACUAGUCGCUCCCCUUUCCCAACUAAUAUGUUGGCGCUAAUGCAAGGUAGGCAUCAACUACCACCCCAGAUUUCUUCGAAACAACGUAGGAAUCAUACCAACAAUUUAAACCAUAGUGCCGAUAAUAGUGUGAACAAUCUCAAUAUGCAAAUGAGGUUGACACGCAAAGUUCCUGUGAGAAGCCGGCUCAACGGGCAUCAUCAUCAUCACCCAAAUAAUCACCUUUCUUCAUCUUUCCACCAAGAUAGCAUCAGUAGCGGGAACAAUAUUCACCAACCUAUUCCCAACCAAUAUAAUAUCCUUGGUCACGAUAAUCAGCAAUCUUCAUUGGAUUACUUCCACAAUAGCCAAGCUCCGUUACCAUUCAAAUAUGGUGGCUUAGUACCUAGAGCUUGUAAAAGCGAAGAAGAUCUCCAAAAGUUGAGCAUCUUGUUUGAAAAAACUAUGAUAAAAUACAGGGAAACAUCAUAUUUACCUUCAGAAGCUUCACCACAUCAGCAUCCCGCCUAUGGAACACAGCUAAGGCCACCUUGUGGUGACGAACUAUUAAGACGAGAUCUGGAUGAAUCUGAAAAGUUUCUCUGCAAAAGUUGCUAUUCCAAGAUAACUCAAUUUUCUCCACAAUCAUUAAGACCACUCUACUUAGAGGAUUAUGAAGAUUACGAUGAUAAUUACCAAAAGCUAAUAUCAAGACACAAGGCCGAAUUGUCCAUCGUGAUAUAUAAGCAACAGGCCGAGAUAGAACAAUACAAACAUAUGAAAUCUUUUUACAGACUAUUCAACUCACAAGAAACCAAUCAAGAUAAUGGAUACUAAACGCGCCAUAAACAGAUUUUAUAAACAAUAUUUAACUUUUUCAUUUUAAAAAAAUCUUUGAUCUUAGAAAAACAUAAAUAUAACAUUUAUAUUCAAUUUUCAUAAAUAAUAAUUUACGAAAAAGUAUUACGCCGUUUACAUUCUUUAAACAAUAAAUUCGUAUGUUUUUAAAAAUACAAAUUUAAAAUAAAAUAGGGUCCUUUUACAAAUUAAAAAUAAUUAAAUCCACCAAACAAAGUAUUAUUUUUUUAGCUUAAAAAUUCUAAUUUUAAGUAGUGAGUAUAACUUACCCAAAGUAACAUUUACAACCAUUUUAAAAAAAUUUGAAAGUUGGAAAUAUUAUUUCAGUCCCCUUUGCCCAACUGUGAUAUGACAAAAUAAUUUUAUUAUAAUGCUUUGAAACAAAUAUGAAUUUUUAAAAAUAAAUAAAAAAUACCAUAAAUUUUAGCUUAGUUUUUUUAGUAUAUAUUAAAAUUGUCAUAUUCCUAUUAUAUCAUCUUUUACUCAUUAUAAAUAUCAUUUUGUUUCCUACUCUAUUUACAUUAAUUAUAUCGACGGACGACGCGUAUUUAUGAUUUCAAAUUCAUACAAAAUAUAUAAAUAUAAACUUUUAUUUUCCAUUUUUUAUA